AUGAAUCUCACGCUCCCCCAAAAUUAUCCCUUCAAGCCGCCCACCGUCACGUUCGCGACCAAGAUCUACCAUCCCAACAUCUCCAAUGACUCGCCUCCCAACAGCGGAAUCAUGUGUCUGGGCAUGCUGCGCGAGACUGACUGGAAGCCAAGCACUAAGGUCUUCGCCGUGCUGGAGUUUGCGAGACAGUUAUUGAAAGAGCCCAAUCCGGACGAUGCCGUGGAAGCGAAGAUUGCCGACCAGUACCGCACCGACAAAGCCGCGUUCGAGAAGGAGGCGAGGGAUUGGUGCAAGCGCUAUGCCAAACCGAUGAAGUGA